AUGAGUGACACGGGCUCGGAGGAGUUUGUAAACGGGGCGAUUGUGCGUAUAAAAUUGCAUAAUUUUCUUACGUAUUCCGACGCUGAAUUUUAUCCAGGACCGCGUUUGAAUUUAAUUCUUGGACCUAAUGGCACGGGUAAAAGUUCCAUUGUAUGUGCACUCUGCGUUGGGCUAGCAGGCAGUACUCGUUUACUAGGCCGUGCAGAUAAAGUGGGCCAAUUCGUCCGUCAUGAAAAAGAAAAUGGGUACACGGAAAUUGAGCUCUUUUUUGACCAAGGGAAUACAGUCAUUCGACGUAAUAUAUUUCGAGACAAUAGAAGCACUUGGCAAGUGAAUGGCAACGAGUCAACACUAAAGAACGUGGUGACUAUCAUGGAAAUGGCCAAAAUUCAGAUCGACAAUUUGUGUCAAUUUUUGCCACAGGAUAAAGUCGGCGAGUUCUCGAGAAUGAAUCCCGUGCAAUUGUUGAAAGCUACGGAAAAUGCUAUUACAGACAGUGAUUUGUUUACGAAGCAUGAAGAAAUUAUUGAAUUGCAGCACAAUUUGACAGAUAAAGGACGGGAAGUAGAGCAUGCACGUGCAGCAUUGGAAACGAAGAAGAGUGAGAAUGCUCAACGAGAGAAAGAAGUGGAGCGGAUUGAAAACUAUGAAGCUCGUAUUGAAGAGACAUUGGUGAUGGAGAAAAAGUGCUUGUGGCUUGAGUUUGAGGAAGCAAAAAACGAGGUUCGGGAGCUAAAAGAGGAAAAACGACGCUGUAAAGACGCUAUUGGGAAUGAACGCAAAGAAAAGAUUGAUCCUCUUGCAGAUCUUCUGAAGAAAGAGUCAAUUAAGCUGGAGGACGUGAAAACUGAGAAAGCAGAUGUAGACGACGAGAAGCGUCAGCUGAUUCAAAAUGUCCGACAGGAGAAGAGUCAUAUCGAUUCUAUGGAAAGUGCCCAAGAUCAAACCUCAAUGGAUGUAAAGGAGCUGCGCACUCAACACAUUUCUGCUCGCCGGAAACUCGAGCGAUUAGAGCGUGACGUGGUUGAGUGUAGAAAGGAACGCGAAGGAAUGGGUGAUGACGCAGAGCUUAAAGUACGAAAGGAGCGAUUGGAGAAGCAGCAGCGCGCUAAAGAUUUGGAGGUAUGCAAGGCUGAGAUUGAAAUGGAAAUCCGUAGUAAGCGAGAAUCGCUUGCUCGCGAGCUGUCUUACAGGGACAACGAGCAGAGAAAGGUGAAGAGUAAGCUUGAAAAACUUGAGAACGAGGAUUUCCAGCGGCAACUGGCUCUUCAGAGGGCCGAUCCAGACUGUAUCCGUGCAGCUGAUUGGGUCAAGAAUAAUCCGCAUCGGCUCAAGCGGAAGGUAUGGGGGCCAAUUGCACUCGAGAUAAAGCUUAAUGAAACAAUACACGCAAAGUACAUCGAAGACACUCUUCCAAAGUGGCUCCUAGGUGCGCUGGUGACAGAAAGCUACGACGACUAUAAUACUAUUCUCCGCGAGCUGAAAAGCGCUCGCAUAAAGGCUUCGAUUUUGAACGUUGAAGAUGGAAGAUGCCACGCUGUUGUUCGACCAUACUCAAACGACAAGAUGAACGACUACCGCAAACGAUAUGGCAUGACAUGUUUUUUGGAUGAGCUGGUAGCUGCUCCGGAUAUUGUACAUGAAGCUCUUCGUGUUCAUGGUGGUCUACACACCGUCAUGGUUGGCUCUCAACAGACGGAAGACAUCAUCAACAAGGGUGGCAAUAUUUUCUCCGAAAUUGCGUCAGCAGAGCGGAAGGCAGCGUUUGUGACUCCGUACAAGAAAUACGUUACUUCGGUUUCCAAGUAUGGUAACCGAAACGUUUCUACGCGUACUAACGAUCUCUUGAACCCCCGUCUAUUGGCGACCUCCACAUCAAAUGAAAACGAGAAAGCCGAAAUGAAGAAAAUGCUAGACGAUUUGAGCUCUAGGGAUAGAAUCAUUCAAGAAGAGAUCAUUGACCUGAAAGAGCAAGAGAAGACGUAUGCAGAAGAGAAAAGGAAAGUUCAGCAUUGCAUCGCAGAAAUUCGCUCCCAGCGGAAGGCAAUUAUUCGCUUGGAUGAUAAGAUUGCUGAGAAUGACAACAAAAUUUACUCGCUGAAGAGCGAAUUGGCACAUGAUCUGUCGAAGAAGGAGAAAGUCUUGACUCGAAAGCUUAAGAACCAGGCUUCCAAGCAAGCGCAACAGAUAAAACGUUGGUUGCAGCUGUUAAGAGAUCUGCACAAGGCAUGUACUCGUGAAGCGUGCUUAUCACUGCAGCUCGGUACACAACAAGUUCGAGUGGAUUUUACAGCUAAAUACUUGAAGCAGACGGAAGCCGCCCUCCGGGACCUCCGAGACGCUUACAAGCUUGCAAAGGAAAAUCUGGUCACCGUCGCGAAAAAGGCGAUGGGUUUGAAGCAUAAAGCAGAGAAAGAAGCUCCAUGGGAUGCUUAUGAAGAUCGCUUUAACGAGCUUCCUGAUGAUCUGGAUGAGUUGCGAGGCAAAAUUGAAAACAACAAAGCAGCUCUAGAAUGCUUUCGUGGUGAUAAGAGCAUUCGCGAGCUUUACGAACGCGUGCACGAUGAGAUUCAAGACGACGAAGUGGUUCUGGCUAAUUUGGAAAGUUUUGUUACGCACAGUGAAGAAAAGAUAAACGGGAUCAAGGGUGAAUGGCAUGCAAAACUUAAAGAAGUGGUGCAGCACAUCGACUCCUCGUUUGGAGAGUUCUUUAAGGAUAUCGGUUGCGUUGGCGAAAUACUACUUGAUGACGAGGACCCGGAUGUAGCGAAAUGGGGCAUCCAACGUCGGGCACAAUUCCGUAAGAACACGAAACUUUCGACUAUGACCGCCGAGGAGCAAUCCGGAGGAGAAAAGUCUGUGGGAACUAUCAUGUACUUGAUGGCUCUCCAGAGUCUCACAAAGUGCCCAUUCCGGGUAGUAGAUGAGAUCAACCAGGGCAUGGAUGUCUAUAACGAACGCAAGGUGUUCCAGCGAAUCACCAAGUCAUCAUGCGGUAGCAAGCUGCCACAGUACUUCCUCAUCACACCAAAGCUCAUCACGGGACUUACCUAUCAUCGCGACACUAAGGUCAUGAUCAUUCUUAACGGACCGUACAACCAUAUUCGGCAAGAAUUGUGGGACCCAAAUCGUUUUAUCGCACGCGGAAAGCAAAUGAAGCGCAAGUUGGCCGGUGCUAUCAAUGGUUCCUCGAAGAAGCGUACUCGAGCGUAA